GAAGAAAUGUCAAUUAAUAUGGAAGCAAAGUUUAAGAAAUAUUGGACUGAUAUUCAAGGCAUGAUGGGCAUUGCUACUCUUCUUGAUCCUUGAUUCAAACACAUUAUGCUGCUUCAAUGUUUUGAGGUGUUACUUGGAAGACAUGGGGUGGAUUGUGAGGAUGAGGUUACUAAAGUGAAGGAAUCACUGAGUGAUUUGAUGCUUGAGUACCAUUUGGAAGAGGAUGAACCUAGAGUUAUCAAGGCAUCAGCACCUGCAGUAGGGAAUUCAGGCUUCUUGUCUUCCUUUAGUGCCCGUGUUGCAAGUACAAAGCCAGCCGCCAUAAGAUUCAGAUCUGAGUUGGAUCGCUACUUGGAGGAUGAGAUGGUGGACAUACUUACAAAGGACUUUGAUAUUUUAGAUUGGUGGAAAGUGGCAGGAACACGCUAUCCUACUUUGAGAUUGAUAGCAAGAGAUAUAUUUGCAAUUCCUAUAACCACAGUUGCUUCAGAAUCAGCAUUUAGCACUAGUGGGCGAGUUCUUAGUGAGCAUCGCAGCAGGCUCACUUCUCAAAUGCUGGAGGCUCUAAUGUGCUCACAAGAUUGGAUUAGAAACAAGUAUAAAGGCCUUGUUACUGAUGAAGGACAACCUGCUAGUUUUUGGUCCGUUCUUCAAGAAGUUCAAGAAGGCCUUCAGGAUCUUGCAAUUUAACUCCAGUAGGAGGCUAGGAGCACAGCAGUCAGCAGAUUCCUCCCUGACCAUAUGUUCAGAUCCUUGAAACCAACUGUCAAGAUGGCGUGCUGUCCAAGUAGAAUGUGAUCACACUGUUCGACCAGCAUUAACAAUUUAACACUAACUAUUUAUGUAAGCUUUGGUUGUAACGAAUGAUGUGUGAUAACACUACUACUAUCUUGCUUUUGCUGCUACUGCCAUGAACUUGAUACUAAGUUGAAUUGU